AUGAACAAGAAGACAGAAAUUAACAACUGCCGAACAAAAACAGAGAAAGUCAAGGUACAAGCUGGUUACACUGAAGCAAACAAGCUAGUGGAGAGGAACAUUAAAGCUGACAAGUGGGGAUACAUGGAACAUUUUGAGACGACAGCGGAAAAAAAUGCAAGAGAUCAAAAUAUGAGACAACUAUAUGACAUAACGAAGAAACUAGCAGGGAAAUAUAGUAA